AUGUCUCCUUCAUGUAGCGACCGCACAUCCCAAGGCAAUAUUCUCACCAUGUCUUUGGCCCCGGCCGGGCGGAUCUAUGUUGGCGGGAUUGAUGAUACGGCAGGUGAGGAGAGACGUGUCACUGACCACACUGGCAUACCACUGGCCCAAGGGCGACGUCUUGGCGACCUCACAAUCCAGCCGCCGUUCAAUCAAUCUACUGCUCUCGCGAACGGCGACGAACGAGACCCGAACACGAUGCCCGACAACGAGAGCAACUCGGUGGCUUAUGAGGUGUCCAGUGCUGUUGAGACUGUUCAAGACGCCACAAAUGACGACGCGACCAACAUCUCAAAGGCUAUCUCAAUGGCUAGUAAGAGGCAGCGAGACAGAUGCCGCUCGUAUUCAAGAGAUCCAUCAGGCCCGGUCAACCUCAUGAUCUAUGAGCUGCGAACCGCGAUGGGCAAGUCUUCUGGCCGGGACCAGAUUGCCGGCAAUGCCAACCGUAGACACAAGGACAGCGGCCGAGAUGGCAAUACACUUGAUGCCCUCGCGUGUUACAAUCGAUUCACAUACACUGCUGAGCAGAUAGCACGUGCACGAUCGGAGCCUUAUGAGAAGGAGUGGUACAUUACCCCUCGAGGGAAGAAGAGCCAUGUCGCUCACAACACAGGCAAGAGAAAGCGCUCUGGCAAUACGGAGGAGCUGGACCGACUCGUAGAGCUGGACACUGCCGAGCACACCAGCACAGACCCGUCUCUGGCUCUGAAAAAGCAUCGACUAAACCGGCGGCUGGGUCGCUCAGAUCCGCAUAAUCCUGGUGACCCUGUCAAUAUCAAAAUCUAUGAGCUGCGCGUUGCCUUGGACGAGACCUCUGGCUGGCCGCAGAUUGCGGAUAUCGUUAAUAGGGAGCACAAAGGCAGUGGCCUCAAGGGCCAAGCACUCUCUGCUGCGCUCUGUUACCAACGCUUCACGAACACGGCACAACGGAUUACGACACGUCGAUCGGAGCCUUGUCUGCGUGAGUGGUAUAUUGGACCUGCUAGGGGACCUCCACAGGGUGGUGCGAUUCAGUCGCUGAGGGAAAGGGUUGGCCGCCCUGGCACGGGAGAGAAGGGAGGUAGUGCUCGAUCACUCAGUACAUCCAUUGAACAUGUAGAAGCCCACAAUUCAUUCACGAAGGACAACGAAGCGGAGCACGGCACGACUGAAGAAGAUCACGACAGUACCUCUAGCUCACGCGACGACACGGCCAGCCUGAUCAACGACCCUUCGAGCGCGAAGGCCGCAACGACGGAUCGUGCAAACAGUGUCGUCGACAGUCGCGAAACCAUAACUCCACUCACGCUUCUACCAGGUUUGCAUACCACGACUCCUGAUGCACUAUGGACUGACCUUGCCAACCUAUACGAAAGCCUCAGCACUCAUCUCGAGGCAGCAAAGACGAUUUGCGACCACGAAAAGUAUGAUGCAUUACGCGAUCACUUCGAUGAUGAGGUUCAAGGACUGCACUACAGCUUGCGAAGAGUGCAGCGAAUUUUGAAUUCGUUGCCGGAUAAGGUGUACCAAGUCUGA